CAAACCGUGAAAUUUUGACUGAAUUUUUUAGUCAACAACGUUAAAUCACUGAUUGUCGUGUUUCAAACGCCAACUUCCCUAACCGUUUCUUGGACAAGUUCCAAAUGUAGCCGGCUUUAUCGUGUCCUUUUCUUUGCAACUAAGAAUCCCGAAAACCCAUCACACGUCGGAAUUACCAAAGCAAAUAUACAUUUUCAAGAACCAAUUUCCAAAACCUUUCCUUACUAAUCAAAUUCUUUUUUUUAAAGCUUAUUUUGACCUUUUUUUUUUUUCCAUCUUGUUUCAAUCCUUGAUAUGUAUUAGUACUAGGGGUAAUAAUUAAGUAAUUUUCCACAUAAGGAAACGGUCAUCAUUAAAAAAAAAAAAAAAAAAAAAAAAAAAAAAAAGAUGAUCAAUAUCAAGAAAAGUUUCUGAGGGGUCGAAGAACAUCUGAUUAAUUCUUUGACAAAGGGUAAUCUUAUUUUUGUGGGAUCACAUUUGGCGAGGAUGGGAACCAUGAUGGUGCUGAUAUUUGUGGCGAUGAUGGUUGUGAUGGGUAGCGUGCACGCUGGAGAUACGAAUCCGGUUUUUGAUCCUUGUUCGGACUCAAAAGUUCAGAAAUGGGAUGGUUUCACAUUUGGGCUUGCGUUUUCUUCUAAGGAAUCAUUCUUCUUCAAUGAAUCUCAGCUCUCUCCAUGUGACCGUCGGCUUUCCCUUUCUGGAAAUUCUGCUGAACUUGCUGUUUUUAGGCCCAAAGUGGAUGAGAUUUCACUCCUCACAAUCAAUAGCAGCAACUUCAAUCCUAGCAAAUCUGGUGGUUAUAUGGUUGCCUUUGCUGGACGCAAAUAUGCUGCUAGAUCAUUGCCUGCUUUUGUGGCAGACAAUACUCACACCGUCACAAGCUUCACUCUGGUGCUUGAAUUCCAAAAGGGCACCCUCCAGAACUUGUUUUGGAAGAAAUUUGGCUGUGAUUCGUGCAAAGGAGAUUCUUUUGUUUGCCUCAAUAAAACUGAUUGUGCAGUCCCAAAUAAUAAGUGCAACGGCAAUGGUGGAUCUGUUGACUGCAACGUGAGCAUACAAUUAGCUUUUUCGGGGACAGAUAAGAAUGAAGAUGUGCUAAACUCGUGGUAUGAGGUUAAAAACCUCCGGCAAUACUCCCUCUACGGGUUGUUUCAAGGUGUCAGUGAUUCUCUCACAAGUCCUUUUAAGAACCUGUUUUAGGACCACAUAAUGUGUUCUUGUUUGUAUAACAAUCAUCAGAUUUCUGUUGUUCUUGUCCCACAUAACUAGAAUAUAUAUGUCCUACGUUCAUUGAAUAACUUGGAACUACACAGAAUCCAGCUUGUUUUUGCUUGUACAGAUUUGUUCAUGGUCUAAGAAUUAUACUUAGGUGUGCAGAAAAAACGUUUUGUAGUUUAAAA